GCCGUAGGCACUUGUAAUGAUGAAUCAUACUUUAAUUACUAUUUUUUUUAUUUUGAAGACAUUUUCAAAAAGGUAAAAGAAUUAAAGAAACAACGUUUUAUAUUGAAUGAUUUUACCAGUUUUUACAUUGAAAUUUUCAAAAGAUUGACUUUACAUAGUGUACAUUGUAUAAAUGUUAUUCAUAUGGGAAAUAUUCAUUGUUAUUCCUGUAAUAUGAUUGGUCGUUUCCUUGUAACGUAUAACAUCCUUGCGUAUUAACAUUGGCUAAUCAGAUGAAAUGAUAAACUGAAUAUUUUUCUAUGGAUAAAUCUAAGUUUACAUUUUAAAUAUUCAUUUCAUUUUUAUUCAGUAAAUGCAUAAAACAUUCAUAACUGAACAGUAAAGCAUAUAUAUCUUUAUUGGAUUACUAUUUAGCUGUCAUAUAUCAUGCAUGUUAUAAGAUUUUUAUUUUCGGAAAUUCACACCAAAUAAGAGAACAACUAAUAAUGACAACGUUAACAGAAACAACUUAUGCAUUUAUUAAUAAUAAUCUACAGGAUACAUCCCAAACUUCAACAGUAAGAAAAUAUGAAUUAAUUCAAAAUGAAACAAAUAAAACUACAUGUCAUUUUAUUAAACAAUCAUUAAGUAAAGGACCAUAUUUAAGAAAAUUAAAUUCAACAAAAGGUUAUUUUUCACGUAUACGUAAUUCACGAAAUGACUGUAAAAAUGAUGGUAUACAGUUAACACAUAUUCGAUCGUAUACGCCAGAUAAUAAUAUGAAUACAUUUGGAAAGUAUUCAUUUUCUCAGGAUUCAUCAAUUCCACCAACAGCAUCACAUUCAUCAUUAUCAUCACCAUCAUCUUCAUCUUCACCUCGACAAUUGUCACCAAUCACAACUCCAAGAGCUCCUUUAUUAGGUACAAAUUAUAAACGAAAUUUAAAUAAAAAUAAAAUAUUUAAAGAUCAUUUUGAAACAGACAAUAUACUAACUCAAAGCACUCAUAACUACUGUGACAGAUAUGGACUGAAAGAACAAUCAAAGUCCCGAACACAAGUAUAUCACUGUGGUAGUACAACUAAUAAACUUCAUAGUCCACCACUGUCUGGUUUAAAAAUGAAAGCAAGACGUGUUUGGAAUGUAUUUGAGCGUAAAAUAAGUAAUAACAACAAUAAAGGAAUAAGUCAAAGUAAAUCUGUUGGAAAUCUUCAGUAUACAUCGACAUUAUCACCUGGUUCUGAGAAUUCGAUAACUAAUCAUAAUGAAACAGAUGUCAGAAGCCAAAAAAUAAUGCCGUCAAAACAUCACAUACAAAAUGACCACAGUUCCUCUAUAGACCCUAAAUCAGAUAAAAGAACUACUUUAUGUUUUCCACAUUCAAAAUCACUUGAAAUAUCAAGACAUCUUGAUUCCAACAAGAAAUUGAACGUAUCUCCAGAUAAUAAACAUGUUUGUACAAAUAUGAAAUUACACACAGAUAACAAUGAUAAUGAAAAGUAUACAGAUAUAAUUUAUUCAAUGGGCAUAAUUCCUAGCCAGCCUAUUUCACAUUGUAUUAAUUCUUGUUCUAAUUCUGAUGAUUAUACAUAUCGUUUUGUUGAAAAUGUUACUGAGAAAUUAGCGAAUAAUUUAAUUUCUAAAUGUUACAACAAUAAACAAUGUCAAGAAACCUGCCAUCAUAAUUAUUUAACAUCAAGUUUAAAAGAUCAAUCAUCAUGCACAUCAAAUUAUAAAUAUGGGGAAAACUGUAUUUUCAUUUUACCUACUGGAUUACCAUUUCAAGAAAUACGAGAGAUUAGUGUUACACGUUCUGAGGCAGGACAACGUUUUGGUAUGCGAAUUGAGAAAUUUGGAAAGGGUACAUAUUUAACUACUGUUUUACCGGGUUCAUUAGCAUCACAAGCUGGUCUAAAAGUUGGUGAUGAAAUUCUACAAUUAAAUGGUAUCUCAAUACAGUCAAUUUCUAUUAAUAGUAUUAACCAGUUAGUUCGUUCAACACGUCAACUGAAAAUUGCAUAUCGUCCAAGGACAAUGUUAGCAAAAAUCCGAUUUAUUUUAGUCAAAAAGAUGAAUGGACGUGUUGGUAUACGAUUGAAAAGAAUUGCUGAGGGACUUUAUGUGGACGUUGUACUUCCAAAUUCUGCAGCAUAUGAAGCAGGAAUUAAAGAAGGUGAUGAAUUAAUCUGUGUAAAUAAUCAAAUAGUUACAAGUUGGACACAAGAAGCAGCUUCAAAACUAUUACGUGAAUUACCGGAUGAAGAUUUAGUAAUGUUACAUUUUCGAGAAUUUUUUCAUCCUCAUGGUUUUAACAAUAUUGCUCAAUUAAAUAAACAACUAAAAACUGUUUCAAUAAAAGAAAGCUUGUCUAUGCCUCAUUGUUCUACAUUGAAAUUAAACUCAUCCCCUAAUGAAUUCAACUAUGAUCAAAAUUAUGAUACUGAUGAAGCAUUUUCGUUUAGAAAUUCAUUGAAUAAAACUUCUGAUAACACUGUUAAUAAAGAAUAUGUAUCAUUAAAUUUCCAAGAUACACUUAAUCAAAAUAUUUACCCAGAUAAUAGUAAUAGCACUAUUCAAACUUCUAAUGUUAACAGAUUGAAUCAUGAUAAAGUUUUAUGUGAUCAUCCAAUCACUGAUACGCGGUUCGAUGUAAUUCCACUACAAUCACAUACACGCAUUUUAAAUAGUUUCAGUGAUUAUACACUUGACUGUCCAAAAUGCUUCAUAAAUGAACCACAAAUCCAGUGAAUGUGUACAAAUAUGCUUUUUUUGUAAAUUAAAAUAAAGAAAUCAUGUGUGCAUUAAAAUUCUUUCUGAA